UAACAAUCCCCGCCACUGUAGUCUUAUUGUUUAUCGUGCCUAUUUAUGUCCAACACUUUUUGUUUAUUGUGGAAUUAUUUUGUAAACGUACCUAUAGGUAUCAGAUCAGAAUUUAAAAUUCUAUUUGGUUGAGUGUUUCUAUAGUUCGCGUAACACCGUGGUCAAACCAGAAGUUUUGUAGAGUUCGUGGCACUCAGACGUGCGAAUAAAAUUUGUUACAGGAUGUCCACUCAGAAGUACAAAUACACAAGGAACAAUUUAUAUUUAACGGACGAACAGAGGAAUUUUUACGAAGAGAAUGGCUACAUUCUGUUUCCCAAAUUGGUGGACUUCGCCCUUUUAGACGAGUGCAAGGAUAGAUUUAUAGAGUACUGCAAUGGAAAGCUAAAUACACAACAUAUGACGAUUAUGAAAGAUUCCUCGUUAAAACACAAAAACGUGGAAGGCGAAUUUCUUAUCAACAAGAUCCAAGAUUUUAACUUUGAUGAUGUGCUGUUUAAAUAUGUUCAAUACAAACCAAUGGUUGAUAUAGUAGAAAGCAUAGUCGGUGGGAAUAUCUCGUCUGUUCAUACGAUGUUGAUUAAUAAACCGCCAAACUCGGAGCAGGAUGCCUCUAGACACCCAAUGCAUCAAGACCUGCACUAUUUCCCAUUUCGACCGGCGGAAUGGAUUGUGGCCUCGUGGACGGCAAUGGAAAAGGUGGACGAAUCGAACGGAUGCUUAUUUGUCGUGCCCGGUUCCCAUAAGGGUUCACUGAUGAAACACGAGUAUCCACCGAAUGUUACAAACGCAGCAUACCAUGGAGUUAUGGGCCUGGAUCACGUCCCCACAGUCAACUUAAGAAUGGAAAAGGGCGACACGGUAUUCUUCCAUCCUAUCUUGCUGCAUGGUUCGGGACCAAACAGAACAAAGGGUUUCCGAAAAGCCAUUUCCGCCCAUUACGCAGACAGUAACUGCCACUUUAUUAACGUAACAGGAACCACACAAGACAAUAUAGAAAAGGAAGUACUGAAACUGGCAAAGCACAAAGGGUUUCCUGAAGUAACCUUUAAUAUGGUUUGGAAAGCAAAAAGUCGUUUAAUUAGGGGAGAACCUGGUAAUUUCCAAAAUUUUACAAGCCAUUUGUAAAUGUAUUGUUAUUUCUGAUAAACAUGUAGUUGCUCUUUACAUAUGUGUAAAUAUAUUUUAAUACUUUUUGG